UUCCAAUCGUCUUCCUUUUUCAGAGACACCGCACCGUUUCAUUGCAUAAUUGCAUGAAGCAGAUCAAGCUUCCAUAAAAAGAAGCAUCUUCAUUCUCAAAUCUACUUGUACUUGGAUUUUUACCUACCAAAUCUAAGGGCUUCGCACUGUUUCCUCUGAACAGUUUGGCUGGUCCAAGUCGGCUGCUGUGUGUGUGGUCAAAUUAGCUUUGGCAUUGAUGAACUGAAAGUAGAAUGAAUAGUUAUGCAGCCCUGGGGCUAAAUUCAAAUAUGGGGUUGUUUUUUAGUUUGACUGGUUCCAAGUCUGGGACUAACAAGUUUCAUGAUGUCUCUCAGAUUUACUUAACUUUCUGGUUUCUCAAUGGGGGGUAUUUUGAGUUUGGUUGGUCCCAGAUCUCGGACAAAUGAGUACCAUGAAGUCUCUCCGAAUGAUACCUGUAAGAGGCAAAGAUUGUCAUCAUGUGCUUUCGAGGAGAGACAAAGAUUAAUUCCCAAUCUUCCUGAUGAGAUAUCAAUCCAAAUUAUUGCUAGACUUCCUAGAAUUUGCUACUUUGAUAUCAGGCUGGUUUCACGGAAGUGGAAGGAAACUGUUAGGAGCUCUGAACUAUUUAAAUUGCGAAAAGAACUUGGUAGAACUGAAGAAUGGCUAUACAUGUUGACUAAAAUUGAAGAGGAUAAACUUUCCUGGCAUGCUUUUGACCCCCUGUCAACAAAGUGGCUGAGGCUACCUCAGAUGCCCAAUGUAGUUUAUGAAGAAGAAUCUAGUAAGGGUUUGUCUUGGUUUUGGAUGUUGAAUAUGGUGGGCCCAACCAUCAAAAUUGCUGAUACUAUUAGAGGCUGGCUAGGGAGAAAGAAUUCAUUUGAUCAAAUGCCAUUUUGUGGUUGUGCCAUUGGUGCUGUUGAUGGAUGCCUCUAUGUUCUAGGUGGAUUUUAUAGAUCUACGACCAUGAGGUGCGUCUGGAGAUUUGAUCCUAUUCAGAACGCAUGGAGUGAAGUGAGAGCCAUGUCCGCAAGUAGGGCCUAUUGUAAGACAGGCAUUCUGAAUAACAAGCUCUAUGUUGUUGGAGGGGUUAGUCGAGGACGAGGUGGAUUGAUCCCUCUUCAGUCUGCCGAAGUUUUUGAGCCCUCCACUGGUACAUGGUCCCAAGUACCAAGCAUGCCAUUCUCAAGAGCUCAAGCCUUGCCCACUGCCUUUUUGACUGACAUGCUAAGGCCAAUUGCCACUGGGUUGACUUCAUACAUGGGAAGGUUAUGUGUAUCCCAGAGUCUGUACUCAUGGCCCUUUUUUGUUGAUGUUGGGGGAGAAAUUUAUGAUCCUGAGACAAAUUCAUGGGAUGAUAUGCCAAUUGGCAUGGGAGAGGGUUGGCCUGCUCGGCAAGUGGGUACAAAGUUGAGCGUUGUGGUUGAUGGUGAAUUGUAUGCAUUUGAUCCUUCGAGUUCUUUGGAUAGUGGUAAGAUCAAGGUGUAUGAUCAAGGAGAAGAUGCUUGGAAAGUUGUUAUAGGAAAAGUCCCUAUUCAUGACUUUGCUGGUUCAGAAUCUCCAUAUUUACUUGCUGGUUUUCAUGGAAAGCUUCAUGUCAUCACAAAAGAUGUAAAUCAUGAAAUCACAGUUCUGCAGGCUGACCUGUGCAGUAAUUUGGGGCCUUUGUCACCAAGCUCACCUUCUCUCUUACCUGGCUUCUCACUUGAUCAUUCUGACUCAGUGGCAGAAUCAGAUGCAGUUGUGUGGAAGGCCAUUGGCACUAGGGAUUUUGGGUCAGUUGAAUUGGUUGGUUGUCAAGUCAUUGACGUUUAGCAUAAGGCUGAGAAUCCAUGUUAUUCAAUGGGCUCUUUGAAUCUAUAUGAGUGAGCUGUAUGGCGCGGAGAUUGAUUUCAUAGUUUAGAAGGAGCUCAGCACCUGGGAAACAGUUCUGGUAGGCUAUAGUUAUAGUAUAUAUGUAUGAGCAAUUCUAAGAAUAAUGUAGCUUCAAGAUUUGAUUAUCUUAUUUAGAUGUCCAUUGGCGCGAUCAUAUAUCUCGGUUGAAAGGAAAGUUAAUGUAUCAUGUAAGUGUGAUUAAACAUAGUUGUAUUGUAUACGUAUUAUUUGUAAAAAUGAAAAUCAAAUAGACAGUUGCUGCACUUGCUUGGUGCAUCACUUCUGAGCA